AUGCACGUUAUAUCUAGGUCACGAGACAACGAAUAUAAUCUACUGCAGAUAUCGAAACGCUUCAUGUCCGAGCUCGAGAUGCAAAUGGCUGAUUUGCAGAAGGCAGACCAGUUUCCAGACAAUGCAAUCACUGAGGCCUCACAAAUUCGUGCUCAAAUACUAUCUUCAUAUAACACAGCAAUGCAAUAUGAUGAGAGAGUGGAGAUGCUCCGUUACGAUGCCGGCUUGCUGAGAGAAGAAAGAAAGCUGUUGAAGCGGGACUACUCUAAACUUCCCACGGCAGAGGUAGGCCUGUUUCAAAUCACUACGCCCUCAGGCUGUACUAAGCGAUAG